AUGAAAUAAAGGUACACUGUCUUAAAGUUUAAUCAUAUGUGCUGAAAGGAAAUGAUUAAUGGGGGAAGCUCUAUAACGUUUUUAGUAUGAUUCAACAAUUGAUGGUAAGGAAAUAGGAAUGAUACACUUAGGAAUGAGGAGAAAAAUCACCAUAAUCGUCCAUGAUUUAGAAUUGACCCCCAGGAAGGCACAUUUUAUAAACAUGAACUGACAAUUACAGGCCUUUGUUGUCCAGGUUUUAUUUAAAUGUUGCCUCGACGUGUGUCAGUUGGAAAGACAGGUUUCACACAUUUACUUGUCUCAAGUUUGGCGCGGAACCUGUGGAACACUACUAACCAAUAGUUUCUAAUCAGUGGGUCUCCAACUGCAAUCAGGUCUCUACAGCCAAUAGAACUCACCUUAGACAACUUUUUCAGGUUUAGAGUACAACACUACUUAAAGGUUACAUUUCGAAACUACAGGUAUCUAAGACUAUAAUUGUAACUUUACCUAGUUACUUUUUGCCGUCAGGUCUACCACUAGCAUUUGAGCAUAAACCUGAGAUUAAACAAUGACAUCCAGUCGAGGAAAACAAUCCAAGAAGGCAAAACUAACUGAAGAUCCAAUUGAUCUUAAAGCAUUUCAUUUUGGCAAAGAAGAGGCAAAGAAAGGAAUAAGCGGUUCAGAGGACGACAUCCGUGAGGAUGAAACCCCGAUUGUUGACAAGAUAUUGAAAAGACGACCUGGACCUUCUUUUGAAGAAGAUGAAGCUACUUCGGGUGUUGGUAAUGAGGUCCAGUCAAUGUUGGAGAGGUUUGGGGCUGACAUAGGCAAAGCUAUGCAGGCUAAGAGGAAGAGACUGGAGACUUUCACCAAAAGCUCUUUAAAAGGCAGCAAUCAGAAGUUGGAGCAACUUUGGAGAACACAAUAUGCCCAGAGGCAGAAGGUGACACAAGACUACUCCCAGCAGGUAUUCACAGUGCUACAACAGUGGGAGACGGACACACAAAAGUCAGAAGAGCAGGAGGAGAAGCUCAAUAACCUAUUCCGUCAGCAGCAAAAGCUUUUCCAGCAGGCAAGGGUCGUCCAGAGUCAGAAGCUAAAAACCAUCAAAGAUCUGUAUGAGCAGUUUCUGAAGAACAUGGAAGAGAUGGAGAAGAGUCAUGAGAGUUUCCUACAAGGGGCCCAGGUGGAGCUAAAGAAGGAGAUGGCCAUGCUGCAGAAGAAAAUUAUGAUGGAUACUCAACAACAGGAAAUGGCUACAGUGCGGAAAUCUCUCCAGUCUAUGCUGUUUUAGACUUUAUCUUCCAAAACCAUCGUGGUUGCUUAGCUGCUUGUUUCAGCGUGCCACCGUUGUGCAAUGUUCCAUAUCACUGAUGUGUUAUUAACAAUAGCAGCCUAUGUAUCUAUUUGCAUUUGUAUGUUCAGAUGUUUUAUUUAUUGUUAUUGUAUUUAUUUAUUGUAUAUUGUGUUCAUGCCAUUAAGUCCUGUAGUAGUGUAGUGUUCAGACACAAAACAAAGGGAGUUUUACUUUUCUGUCAUAGGAUGAUUUGGCUGUGUUAUUAAAUACAUUUUUCAUGUGAAGUAUUUUUAU